CCUAUGUGUUUUUCUUCCUUCUCUUUUGGCCUUUAACCAUGGAAUUAGAAGAUUCAGAACCACCAUUUCUAAAGACCUACAAGGCCCUUUUUGGGGACAUGGUGGAAGAAGAAAGAACAAAAAGGGUGCAUGAGAACAUGUUUUCUGUUGAUGAAUACGAGCUUCCUCUUGUUGAUCUCAGUGGGUUAAGUCUAGGCAACUUCGACCGAGAAGACUGUAAGAAAGCCAUUGCUGAUGCUGCAAGCCGGUGGGGGUUCUUUCAAGUUGUGAAUCAUGGAAUUUCUACAGAUAUUUUGGCGAGAAUGAAACUGGAACAAGUGAAAUUGUUCAAGCAACCAUUCUACAAGAAGGCUAAUGAGAAUGUUUUCAACUUAGCCAAGAACUGUUACAGUUGGGGAAGCCCAACUGCUACUUCUUUGAUGCAGUUCUCAUGGUCUGAAGCUUUUCAUUUUCCUCUUACUAACAUGAAAGGAUUAAGGGAGUUCACCAGUUUUAGCUCUCCUAUUGAGGAAUAUGCAAGACUGGUGUUUGAUCUGGCUCAAAACAUAUCCGAAACAUUAGCCGAGCAUCUUGGCUGUAAAUCCACUACUUUUUUUGUAGAAAAUUGCAAGCCAAGUUCUUGCUAUCUAAGGAUGAACAGAUACCCCCAAUGCCCUAUAUCUUCUAAAGUGUUUGGUUUUGUGCCACAUACUGAUAGUGAUUUCCUCACCAUAUUGUAUCAAGAUCACAUUGGAGGAUUGCAGCUGAUGAGAGAUGGAGAGUGGAUUAGUGUUAAACCUACGCCAGAUGCUUUGAUCAUCAACAUAGGCGAUCUAUUCCAGGCUUGGUGCAAUGGUGUUUACAAGAGCAUAGAACACAGGGUUGUAACCAAUCCAGAGGCUUGGUGCAAUGGUGUUUACAAGAGCAUAGAACACAGGGUUGUAACCAAUCCAGAGGUUGAAAGGUUGUCUGUGGCAUAUUUUUUCUGUCCUUCCUAUGACACACUCAUUAAGAGUUACAGUGAAAAACAUUCAAUCUACAAGGAAUUUACCUUUGAAGAGUACAGACAGCAAGUUCAGGAGGAUGUUAAGCAUACAGGCAGCAAAAUAGGGCUGCGCAGGUUUCUCAGAUAA